AUGGCUGCCUCACCCUAUCAGAUGCCCGAUCAGAAUUGGCUGGGAACCGUCUUUUCAAGAGUGGACAAGGACCGAAGUGGUCAGAUAUCUGCCACUGAACUCCAGUCUGCCCUCUCAAAUGGCACUUUCAGACCAUUCAGCUUAAGUACCGUCAGCAUGAUGAUCGGAAUGUUUGACAGAGAUAACUCUGGUAGCGUUAAUUUUCAAGAGUUUUGUCAGCUGUGGCGCUAUGUGACAGACUGGCUCAACUGCUUUCGAUCAUUUGAUCGAGACAAUUCUGGCAACAUCGAUCGAAAUGAGCUUAAACAAGCACUGACCACCUUUGGAUAUCGUCUGAGUGACCAAUUUUAUAACAUCCUCAUGCGAAAAUACGACCGAGAAGGUAGAGGUCACAUCACCUUUGAUGACUUCAUUGCACUGUGCAUUCAGUUGCAAACAUUGACCGGCGCCUUCCGACAGCACGACACUGAUAUGGACGGAUGGAUCAAGAUUUCCUACGAGCAAUUUCUGUCUAUG